GAGUCUCCCUGGCACGACGACCCGUCCUCCGCCUCUCACAUCGAGGGAGCAGAAUGGGCGAAGCUAUCAUCAGAUUUCACCAACGCUGGAUACCGCGAGGGCAUCACCGCCGGGAAAGAGUCCGCGCUACAAGAGGGCUUCGACGCCGGCUUUGCGCAGAUCGGCGUGCCGCUCGGGCGCGAGCUGGGCAUCAUGCGCGGACUCGCGGCGGCGCUGCAGCACUUCUUGAACACGCUGCCGCAAUCGGAGGCCACGGCCGCACACAUGACGGAGGCGCGCGAUAUCUCCACGCAGCUUGCGGAGGUGCGCUUUGCGGACGUCGCGCCUCGUGAUUUGGAGGCGGAGCAGCACGCGCGGGAGCAUCUGACGACGUAUGGCGAGGAGAUGGACGGGAACGAGGAGGUGGAAGCGAAGCGGAAGGUGGAGCAGCUGGAGGACAUG